CAUGACAAAAUGUUGUCAAUUAUUUUGUCUAUGGUGUGAAGUAAAUUAUUGUUGACGAAAUAUGUUUGGCGCGAAGAUUUCCUAAUGUUUUUGUGAAUUAUAGUGAUUUAGAAAGUGUUUGCUAGAGUUUUUCACAAACUUUUACAAUGCCGGCUUUUUUACGAUAUAUAGACAUGGAAAACUUCAAGUCCUACCGCGGGCGUCACCGCAUAGGACCUCUGAAGUCUUUCACUGCCGUCGUAGGCCCCAAUGGCUCAGGUAAAUCUAACUUCAUGGACGCAGUGAGUUUUGUGAUGGGUGAGAAGACAUCCUUGCUGCGAGUGAAACGUCUCAGUGACCUAAUCCAUGGAGCCUCUAUCAAUAAACCUGCUUCAAGAAGUGCCUCGGUGACAGCAACCUUCAUCUUAGAAGACUUGACAGAGAAGCAGUUCCAGAGGUCAGUUAUUGGGCAGUCCUCUGAUCACAAAAUUGAUGGACAGUCGGUGUCAGUGAGCCAGUAUCUGUCGGAGCUGGAGAAGCUAGGCAUCAAUGUGAAGGCCAAGAACUUCCUGGUGUUCCAAGGAGCAGUAGAAAGCAUCGCCAUGAAGAACCCCAAGGAGAGAACUGCUCUGUUUGAGGAGAUCAGUGGUUCGGGAGUCCUGAAGGAGCAGUACGAGGCGUGUCGCGCGGAAGUCAACCGCGCGGACGAGGAAGCGCAGUACUCCUACCAGAAGAAGAAGGGGGUGGCCGCCGAGCGCAAGGAGGCCAAGUACGAGAAGGACGAGGCAGAGAAAUAUACCCGUCUUAAAGAGGAACUGCAACAACAACGAGUGGAACUGCAAUUAUUCCACCUCUACCACAAUGAGAAAGACAUCCAGAACGCGGAAGAGGAGCUCCAGCACAAGCAGUCGGAGCUGACCAAAGUGGAGAAGAAGAGGCAGAAAGCAGAAGACGCUCUGAAGGAGAAGAAGAAGGAAGCGGGCACUGCGCAGCGGGAACUCGCCAGGAUAGAGCAGGAAAUAAGAGAAGUGGAAGCUGAGAUAUCCAAGAAGCGGCCGACGUUCAUCAAAGCGAAGGAGCGCGUGACGCACACGCAGAAGAAGCUGGAAGGCUCCAUCAAGACGCUCGAGCAAGCGCGGAAGGCGCACGAGGCUCACCAGGCUGACAUCAGGAAACUGGAAGAAGAGCUGCGUCAAAUCGAGGAGCAGAAGGCGCAGUGGGAAGCCACCAUCACCGGCUCCAACCACUCGCGCGCUGACGUGCACUUGGAGGAGGCUCAGAUAAGAGAAUAUGAAGAGCUGAAGAUGGAAGCGUCUCGCCAAGCGGCCCGUUACCUUCAGGAGUUGGACUCGGUCAACCGCGAGCAGAAGGCCGACCAAGACCGACUCGACAACGAGAUGCGGCGCAAGGGAGAGCUCGAGAACAAACAUCGACAGAAGGGCCACGAAAGAAACGAAGCGAUGAAGCGCGUGGAGAAGUUGAACGAGCACAUCAAGAGCUCGGAGCAGGCCCUGGAGGAGCAGAAGAGGCUGCGAGCUGAGUUACAGGCAGAUGUAGGCUCAUGCCGCGGUCGCGCCGCAGCCUUGCAGGAAGCUCUAGAAGAUGUAGCCUCUCAGCUCGGCGAUGCGAGGGUUGACAAACACGAAGAAGCUCGAAGGAAGAAAAAGCAGGAGAUUGUUGAGAAUUUCAAACGAGAGAUACCUGGUGUGUAUGACCGCAUGAUCAACAUGUGUCAGCCGACUCACAAGCGCUACAACGUGGCCAUCACCAAGGUGCUUGGCAAGUACAUGGAAGCCAUCGUCGUGGACACGGAGAAGACCGCCCGCCGCUGCAUCCAGGUCCUCAAGGAGCGCAUGUUGGAGCCCGAGACCUUCCUGCCGCUGGACUACAUCCAGGCCAAACCCCUGAGGGAGAGGCUCAGGGACAUAAAGGAACCGAAAAACGUGAAGCUUCUGUUCGACGUGCUGCGCUACGAGCCGCCCGCCAUACACCGCGCAGUGUUGUUCGUGACCAACAACGCGCUGGUGUGCGAAACGCCCGAGGACGCCUCGCGCGUGGCCUACGACCUCGACCGCACCAAGAACAGCCGAUAUGACGCACUGGCAUUGGACGGUACAUUCUAUCAGAAGUCGGGCAUCAUCUCUGGUGGUUCCUUGGACUUGGCGCGCAAGGCCAAGCGCUGGGACGAGAAGCACCUCUCCCAGCUCAAAGCCAAAAAGGAAAAACUGACAGAGGAACUGCGUGAAUCGAUGAAGAAGUCGCGCAAAGAGUCGGAACUGACGACCGUGGACUCGCAGAUCCGCGGCCUCGAGUCGCGGCUCAAGUACGCGCUCACGGAUCGGGACACUACGCUCAAACAAAUCAAAACAUUAGAUGCCGAGCUCGCCGAGUUGGAGCGUAGGAUGGACAUGUUUGGGCCUCAAAUCGAGGAAAUCGAGCGCACCAUCCGCAGCCGCGACGCGAAGAUCCAGGAGAUCAAAGAGAACAUGAACAACGUGGAGGACGUCGUCUUCCGCGGCUUCUGCAGGGAUAUAGGCGUCGCCAACAUACGUCAGUACGAGGAGCGGGAGCUGCGCGCGCAGCAGGAACGCGCCAAGAAACGGAUGGAGUUCGAGGCGCAGAUCGACCGCAUCGCUUCCAACCUGGAGUUCGAGCGGUCGCGCGACACGCAGAAGAACGUCACUCGUUGGGAGCGUACUGUACAAGACGGAGAGGACGAAUUGGAGGCCAGUCGACAAGCGGAAGCCAAGCAGAGGCAGGACAUUGACCGCGAGUUGCGGCGCGCGGACGCGCUGAAGGCGGACCGCACCGCCGCGCGCGCUGCGCAGGACAAAGUGGACGACGCGGUCUCGCAGGCGCGCAAGGAAGUGGCCAACAUACAAAAGGAGAUCCAGACGAUCCAGAAGCAGAUUGCGAGCAUCGAGGCGCGCAUCGAGAGCCGCCGCAGCGAGCGACACAACAUCCUGCGACAGUGCAAGAUCGACGAUAUAGCGAUCCCACUGCUGGAGGGCAGCCUGGCAGACACGUCGGACGAGUCGGAGCUGUCGUCCUACUCAAGCGCGGCGCAGUACCAGCGGGACUCCAGGAUCCGCGUCGACUACCGCUCACUCGGCGAGGCUCUCAAGGAGCUGGAGGAGCCGGAUGAGAUCAAGCGCAAGGCCGACAAGCUGCAGAAGGCUAUCAACUCCCUGCAGAACACCGUCGACAAGAUACAGGCCCCGAACAUGCGGGCAAUGCAAAAAUUGAACGAAGUGCGUGAGAAAGUAAACGCCACAAACGAGGCUUUCGUGGCGGCGCGGAAACGCGCGCACAAAGCCAGGCUGGCCUUCGAAAAGGUGAAGAAAGAACGUCACGACAAAUUCGUGGACUGCUUUGAGCACGUUUCGAAUGAGAUCGACGCUAUCUAUAAGGCCCUCGCGAUGAACCAGUCAGCACAAGCGUUCCUCGGUCCAGAGAACCCUGAAGAGCCUUACUUAGAUGGAAUCAAUUACAACUGCGUGGCGCCCGGCAAGAGGUUCCAGCCGAUGUCCAACCUGUCUGGAGGGGAGAAGACCGUGGCCGCGCUUGCCCUGCUCUUUGCGAUACACAGUUACCAGCCGGCGCCGUUCUUCCUGCUGGACGAGAUCGACGCAGCGCUCGACAACACCAACAUCGGCAAAGUGGCGUCCUUCAUCCGCUCCAAGAAGGGCUCGCUGCAGACCAUCGUCAUCUCGCUGAAGGAAGAGUUCUACGGAUGCGCGGACGCCCUCGUCGGCAUCUGUUCCGCGCCGGCAGACUGCCUCGUCAGUGACGUCAUGACGCUCAGCCUCGAGGUGUAUCCUGAUUAGAGUAUAGGUUCAAAUAUUUUUAUUA